CAUGGUCUCUGAUCUACACAGGCAGGGCAGGUUCAGGCAGCUCAGCCUUUGGCUCAGAUUCUUCUCUUGAUGCAACAGAGGGAUUUCUGCGUAUGCUUGAGAAAUUACAGGUCUCAGCCAAAAUGAGUGAGGCACCGUCUACUAGCUUCUCUGUGAUUCAACUGACUUCUUCUGAAGGUCAAGUUCCUAUUCCUCGCCAUUCAAACGUCGCUCACCCUGUGGUGGCUAAACGCAUCAGCUUCUACAAGAGCGGAGACCCCCAGUUUGGCGGUGUGAAGGUGGUGGUCAAUCCUCGUUCCUUUAAGACCUUCGACGCUCUCCUGGACAACUUAUCCAGGAAGGUGCCCCUGCCCUUUGGGGUAAGGAACAUCAGCACACCCCGUGGAAGGCACAGCAUCACCAGGCUGGAGGAGCUGGAGGACGGCGAGUCCUACCUGUGCUCCCACAAUAGGAAGGUGCUGCCAGUUGACCUGGACAAGGCUCGCCGGCGCCCUCGGCCCUGGCUCAGCAGCCGCUCUAUAAGCACACAUGUGCACCUCGGCUCUGCUACUGCCCUGGUGUCCACCACUGCUCCCGGCGUGCUCCGUGCUCCGAGAAGGCUUGUGGUCUUCCGGAACGGCGACCCGAAGACCAGGCGUGUGAUCCUUCUCAGUCGGAGGAUUACGCAGAGCUUCGAGGCCUUUCUGCAGUACCUGACGCAGGUCAUGCAGUGGCCAGUGGCCAAACUGUAUGCCACGGACGGAAGAAAAGUACCUAGUCUCCAGGCAGUGCUACUGAGCUCAGGAGCUGUGGUAGCAGCUGGAAGGGAGCCAUUUAAGCCCGGAAAUUACGACAUCCAAAAGUCCUUGCUUCCUGCUAGGUUGCCAGGGGUCUCUCAUCGUGUGCACCGGAAGGGUAAACCCACGUUAGAGAAAAGAAAGAUGAGCACACGCAGGCCUUCAGUCCUAAGUUCCCAGAUCGAGUCCCUGGCUUCUGAGAAAACAUGUGACUGUUCUUCAGACUGUUCUGUGGUCCCUGAAAACAGCCUGACCUUGGAGAAGCGUGAUUCUCAGGAUCUGCCAGCGUUUCCUUCCGAAGACGGUGUUGAGAAGUCCGUUGUUUUUAAUCAGGACGGCACUAUGACAGUGGUGAUGAAAGUUCGAUUCAAGAUCAAAGAAGAGACCGUAAAGUGGACAGCCACUGUCGAUAGAGCUGGGCUUCCAAUUAACGACGGAAGGAGCGAGCAAAGCAGUUAUCCGGGAAGAAUGGAUAAGCGACCAUCCAGCCUAAAGCAUGCAGCACGGGCCUUGUCCGAAGACGUCACAGACACCACUCAGCAGGGCAGUCCGACAGAGGAAGACAACUCUCAGAAGACAGAGCAGCAGGCUGAAUCAUGCAGCUCUGCUGGCUGGGAGAAUGUUUCUGUGGACACAGAUGUUAUUCAGGGAGGCCAGAAGCAAGUGAAACGUUUUUAUAGGCCCCCAACCCCUGGGCCAAGGCGAAGGAGACAAAAGAAGUCUGUGAUAGGUACUGUUACUCUAGUAUCUGAAACCGAGGUUCAGGAGAAGCAGUUUUCCUACAGUGAAGAAAGAGAGGGUGGGGAAAAAUCUGAGUAUCACAUGUUUGCACAUUCUUGCAGCAAAAUGUCAUCAGUAUCUAAUAAACUUGUUCAUAUCCAGAGCAAAGAUGAGUCGACACUAGAAAGAUCGAAGGAAAGUGGACUGCUCACGUCAAAUGCCGUAAACGCUGGUGCUAUAGAAAUUACAAGUCAGAAGGUCUUCAAGAUGUGCCAUAGCAACGGUUUACCACCAACUGUUUCGGAGAGUUCAGUUGUGGAGGAAGGCAUAGUUGAGAGUGUAGUGUCAGACAAAACUGGUAUUAAGCGUUUCAGAACUUGUGGUAGCACGCAUGACAGGGGCAGUUCGUUUGCAGCAGAUAGAACUCUUCCCUCCGGUAACAACUCUGGAACUGACCAAAGUAUUUCUGAGGUUCCUUCUGUAGGAUCCUCAGCGGUCACCACAAGAGUAGACACACUAGUUAAGGAAUUUGCUCACUGUGGUUUAACAGAACUUCAAGAAAAUAGAAAGCAGGUUUUAUCCUCUUUUCCCAGCAAAAAGAAGAAAUCUCAGCCACAUAUGAUAAAUCCCAGGUAUAAGAAAAAAGUGAUUGAAACCAAAGGAACCUCUAAAAAACUUGGGAAGAUAAACAAAGAAGGAGCAAUUGCCCAGGAAAUACUACUGAGAGAUUCAGAUGGUCCUCUUAAAGGAGGGAGAUUUUGUAGGGAAGGCCUUGAUCCAAGUGAUGUGAUAACUGAAUCAAAUCAUUUCUGCCCCCAAAGUAAUAAUAUCAGUACCAGAAUUUCCAAGAAUUUCCAUAAAAAUAAGUUAAAUGGCUUUCAAAAUCCUAAGACUCAAAGACUUUUAGUCAAAAGGAAACCCAGACCACUAAGGAUGGUAAGUUUAGGAGGACUCAGGAAACAAGAAAUUGGUCAAGGAGAUAAAGUAUUUCUCCACAGUGAAUCUAACCUUUUAAAAAGUAAUUUGGAGAAUCAGAGUUUACUUCAUGUAUUUAAUAUCCUUGAGGAAAACCAGAAACCUUUUCAUAGUCCACAGUCACAAGUGGAGAUAGUAACAGAGAAUUUAAGAGGAGUGACAAGUAAGAGUUUAGCCCCUAAAGUUAAUGAGUUACAGGCAACUUUAAAAAGCCAGAAAAAACAAAAGGUAGAUAAAUUGAAGUCAGGUGCUAUAGUAAGUGAACGUUAUGUUACGAGAAGGGCAGGUCCAUCAGCUUCCUUCAAAAAACCUGAUUUUCCUGAGGGUAUUCCCCAUCAUUCAGUUAAGAACUAUGUACAGAGAUGGCUGCAGAACAUAAAUACAUAUCAAGAUUUUGAGCCCAGAAAUUCACCUCCACUAUGCAAAAACGGAAGUAGCAUGGUAAAUUAUAACAGUAACGGUUCUCCAGGAAAUAAUCUCCACACGGCUUCUUCAAAAAGAAAUAGUUUUGUUAUGGAAAGUAAUAAGCACCAAACUAAAAAUGACAACUGGACAGGCGAGAAAAAUCAAGAGGCUGGUGAAUCUCUUGUUAAAGAUCAUGGCAAAGAGCUUGAUAAACACACCUGUGAGAGCCAAGAUGUUUCUCUGCAUGACCGUGGCCCUUGGUCAGUAGCCACUGCUAACCAUCGUAGUACUGAAAGUCAUUUAUCUACUGAAAAGUCCACACCAGACGUGAACCUUAUUUACCAAGAAAUGAACCUAGCUACAAAAGGGCAGAGGAUUGAGGCUGCCACUCAGGUAGAUACCGUGGGAGAGAAUGUUCUGAAGAACUACUUACCGGCCCUGUUGCUUCAACACCUGGAAGCUUUUGUUGCUAGCAACAAGAAAAACCAGAAUGGCACUGCUCAAAUUUCAGGUUCAUUAGCAGAUGUUGCAUUUUCUUCUGCACUAUACAAUUCAUCCACUAACCUCCUUCUCGCUUGGCUUUUGGUACUAAACCUAAAGGGAAGUAUGAAUAGCUUCCGUCAAAACGAUGCUCAUAAGAUUACCAGCAGAUCUGCAGAAACAUCUGCACUGUUGGAAAUUCUGAAGCAUGUUGCCAUCACAGAGGAAGCCGAUGACUUGAAGGCUGCUGUUGCCAACUUAGUGGAAUCAACCAAAAAUUUUAGUGAACCCAGUGAGAGGGAACAAGAUACGGUACCAGCCAAUUGUACUGCAGCCAGCAUUCAGAGUGUUGUCAAGUGUAAUGAAGAUGAGAGAACACAGAAGAUGCUCUUGCAUGAGGGUUACUCUGCCAGGGAGGACUGUGACCCCGAGUUCUGUGUUUCAGAAAUGAUUGACAAGGAACAUACCUCUCAAUGUGAGGUGUGUUCUGUGAAUAUGACUUAUCCUUCAAAAGAGGCAGGUAACCUGAGCAACGCCCUUUUCACUAGUAAUAGUUAUACUAUGAGUCAGCUCUCCACAAAUGAUGCUUCUUCCCUUGGAGCGGGCUGUUUACUUACCGGUGGUGUGUGUACCCAUAAGGUUUGUGCUCAGGCGGAGAGCACCUGUGAGGCAGCUUGCCCGAGUGCUGAGACUUACGUUCCCAUCAGAGCCUGCAAUACGAUUGACUUUGUGAAUUCAGAAGAAAACAAAUGUGGUGAUAAUUUGGAAUUAACUGAAGAACUCAAGACAGUUGAUGAAGUUCCAAAAGAUUUAAAUAUUUUGGUAGGCUCUGUGCAUAAAAAUGACUCUAAUGUAUCAACAUCGCAUCAAAAUGUCAGUGACACAAGCUCCUGUGGUCUUUUCCUAGGGAAAACUGGUCCGGAAUUUGAUAAGGACUAUAGCUCUCUAGAAGAAUUAAAAAAUUGCUCACUUAAGAAAAUUGUGAAUAAAAAUAAAUGUCUAUCUUUUGAUAAGGAAGAAUCACGAACUUCUGAAGAACCAGGGUCCAUAACCAAUAGCAUGACGUCAAAUGAAAGAAAUAGCAUUUCAGAAUUAGAAUCUUUUGAAGAAUCAGAAAGCCAAGACACAGAUAUUUUUAAUAUAAAAGUAAGUGCUGAAGAACAAGCUACUGAGGAGUCCGUUAAAAAAGAGUUAGAGGCCAGAAUGAGUUUGAAGUUGAUGCAGAUAUCAAAUAGGAAUACUAUAGAAGACAAAAGAAGAAAUACUGUGAUUUUGGAGAAAAUUGGUAGGGGGCAGGUGACAUCACCAUCUUUAGGUUCUUGCUAUGAUUCUAAUAAAAAUAUGGAAAAGGAGAUCAGUGAAGGAGAAAAUAAGAUGAGAGUUAAAAUGAUGGUAGAAAGUAUUGAAAAUGUAAAUUACACAGAGUCCUCACUUGUUGGUAAAACCCAUCUCAGAAGUCCUGUGACUUCAGACUGGUCAGACUGUAGACCAGACAGUGAGAGGGGGCAUCCUCAUAAAACACCCAGUGAUGAUCACAGUGACAAUGAUGACGCAGCCCGUGAGAAAGAGCACAAUAGAGGAAUUGUUAAAAGGGCAAUAGAAAAGCUUUAUGGCAAAGCAGAGAUUAUCAAACCACAAUUUUUUCAUGGGUCUAUACACAGAUCUCAAGUUUGUCCUUAUAAUCCCGUGGAAGUUCGGUGUGCUAAGAAAACAAAUUUUAAUGAUUCUGAGUGCCAGUCAUUGAUCUCUUCUGAACAGGAAUCUAGAAGUUCACUCCUGUUUCAGGAAUUCCAGGAGGAAAGACAAGGUGAAGGUGACGUCAAUGGCAUGAGAGGUUUUGGGGGUAACACCCUAGAACAUGUUACAAAACCAGCUGAGCAUGACAAGGUCCUUAAGAAAAGAGAGAAAGGAGAGCUGAUUGACAAUGGCAAAUGGCUCCUGCAGGAAAAUCACUUGUGGAGAGUGUCACUUGACAAUACUGGCAUGUAUGGCAACGCAGACACCACAUCAGUGGAUACUCUCGAUAAGAACAGCUUGGAGGUGCCAUAUUCACACUUUGGAGAUUUGGCUCCCAGACCAACAUUGGCUGAAUUGUCCUCUUCAGAACUGGAGGAAAUGACUCAACCUGUUGAAGUAAAAUGUAAUUAUUUUAACUUUCCUCAUGGUAGUGACUCUGAGCCCUUUUGUGAAGAUUUUCUAGAUGUGCCGAAUAAAACCCAUCCCAAAGAGAGAAUACCAAAUUAUCACAAGGAGGAGAAGGCUAAGGAUCCAUCUGAAAGAGUGUGUACAUCUGUUACACAAACCUUUGCUCCCGCUGGCAAUAAAGUCCACCCCGUUUGCAGCAAUGCUAUUGAAACCCAGCCAUUACCUGGGAGUAAAAUCACUCAUGGUGCACUUCAGGAAGGUGACUCUUUGGAUAAACUCUAUGCUCUUUGUGGCCAACAUUGUCCAAUACUAACAGUUACCUUUCAACCUGUAAAUGAGGAAGACCGAGGCUUUGCUUACCGCAAAGAUUCUGAUAUCGAAAAUUCUUUGGGUUACCACUUAUGGAUGAAAAUAUACCCGUUUCUGCUGCAGCCAAACAAAAACAAACUCAGAAGCAAGAGAAAUAAUGCGAGUGUGAGCAAAACAUUUACGGAUAAUGCCAUUGGUGCUCCAUUUGAUCAAUUUUAUUCCAGAAACAUGGUUGACUUGAUGGAUAAAAGAAUGAAACACACACAUGUUACCUCUUUGAACUUAGAGGAAAAAAUUGAUUUGAAGAAAUUUCAGUUAUAUUUAAAGAAAAGGUUUUCAGAUCUCAUGCAUACAUCAUUGCUAGUUGUAGAGGAUAUAAAUUCCAUUACACGAAGCCCUAGCAAUUGGACAAAUAACUCCAAAAAUGUUGAUGAGAAUAGCAACUUAAUUAACAGAGUCCAGAACUCAAGAACAAAUCCUAACCAAUCAGUAACAGAAAAUCCCUGUUAUCAGUUCCCCUUUGAACUGUUCGGUCUAGCUUACGUGUUAGCUAUUUGCCAAGUUGAGAAAUUUGUAAAUAUCAGCAAUGGAAAUAUAUUGGAAAUACAUUUUAUUUUAGAAGGUGAAAUUCUUUUCAUCUGGGAAGAGGAAAACCAAUUAAAUGUAAUAGAUAUUAAAAGCAAUAAUAAGCAAGAUGAUUUAUAGCUACAGUAUGAACCAAGUCUGGUUUUUCAAUGCUUUUUUCCAUAAAAAGGUGCAAUGUAUGGGAUGGAAUUUAGGCUAGAUCCUCUCUAAGAAUUUCUUACUUUCAAAUAUCUGGAAAAUAUACUCUUGGAUAAAACUUUCACUGCCUUGUUCCUUGUUUCUUAGUAAUUAUGGUUUUAUGUGGUUUCAUUUUAAACUUACAAGAUUUUCUGUACCUAUGACAUUUUUGACCAGAAUAUCAGAAAUACGGCCAGGACAAGAAAUAUGUCUUUAAAAAUAUUAACUAUGUAUAUAGCAUAUUGGAUAAUUAGUGAAUAAAUGUAACUUUAAAGUACUUAAUUUAUUAUUUUAAGUGCUGAUUGAAUAAAAGUGUGAUUGCAAGCUCUCUAUCACAAUCUGCAAAUUUCUUGUUCUAGAGUUGCAGAGAGUCUUGUCUCGUCUCCUCAGACAUCCACUGAAGCUACUAAGUGUUCUAUAGGACAGUUGUCACCAUUGUCCCUCGAGUAUGUUUUCUACAAAUUAUAAUCUUUUUUCUGAAACAGGGAUUCUCUAUAGCUUUGGAGCUUGUCCUGAAGCUUGCUUUUGUAGACCAGGCUGGUCUCGGACUCACAGAGAUCCAACUGCCUCUGCCUCCCAAGUGCUGUCAAAUUUUAGUCUUUAAAUUAAAUUUUUAAAAUUUAUUUUAACAAAGUUUUAUAUAUUAUAGUUAAGGUAGAAUUACAUCACUUCUCUCUUUCCUUUCCUCACUCCAACACCUCCCAUACACCCUCCAUCCAGCUCCUCCAAUGUCUCUACUCCAACUCUCAAAUUGAUAGCCACUUUGAUUAUUAUUGUUCCACGUAUAGGAACAAAUGUGUACGUACAGACUGCUGAUUAUAUUUUUCUUGCUUGUGUGUAUUUGCUUUCAGGGCUGGCUACCUUGUAUUGGAUAACCAAUUAGGAGACUCGUUGCUAGGUGAGGCUAGUUUUUCCUCUUUCAGCACUCAUGUGCCUACAGUUCUUUAUGUAGGCGUCAGACCCCAUGAGGUUUCCCUUUUCCGUGUUAGCAUUGUCCAUUGGUAUUAUCAUUGUUAGGAUUUGUUUGUGCAGCUAUUUUUAAGAGAGGCAGUCUCACAGAGGACUUCCUAGUAUUCUGGCUCUUACAAUCUGCCAUCUACCUACCUGUCUGUCCAUCAAUCUUGUCUAUCUGGAGCUAGGAAAUCGAGAGGACAUGUGGCAUUUGUCUUUACAGAUAUUGGAUGCAUUACUCAAAACAAUCUUUCCUAAGUCCAUUCAUUUACCUGAAAAUUUCAUGAUAUAAUUUUUCUUCACAGUUAUAUUCCAAUACAUAUGUAUAUUAUUUCCUAUAAAUAUGGAAUGAUUCUUGAAGCUUUAUCAAAUAAUCUUGGUGCUAUUUGUUUCUCCUCCUCUUAUACUGACCUCCGUCCCAUCCCCAGCUGAAGUCUCCUUGUUUUUCUGUUUCUCCAUAAAUAUCACCUAUAUUCUGCUAUUCCCUCUCAAGCCUCUCCCUGUGCCCGUGAUCCCUUUAUACUUUCCUGGUUUGUCUGAUGACUCCGUGUUAUAUAGUCACACCUGAAGAUCUGGAGUUAGGAACUGCAUACGAGAGAACAUGUGGUGUUUGUGAGUCUGGUAUAACUCGCUCAAUAUCCUCUUUUCGAGGUUUCUCCACUGACCUGCAAAUUUCCCGACUUCACUUUUCCUUGUAGCUG